UUUUAGUUGGCAGCCAUGAAUCGCCGCACCAAAUUUUGGUUGAUCAACCUGAACCAGCCUUCUUUUCCACUAGAUAGUGAUGGCGCCGACGGCUGAGAAGAAAACGAAGACAGUGAAGGGACUCCCUGCAGUCCCUGAGUCUGUCUUGAAGCACCGGAAGAGGCGUGAUGCGUACCGGGCCAAACGACUUCAAACUGUUAUCAAGAAGAAGUCUGAACAGGUUAAGAAACGUAAGGAAAUCUUCAAACGCGCCGAACAAUAUGUGAAGGAGUAUAGGCUUAAAGAACGUGAUGAAAUUAGGCUUAUUCGUCAAGCUAAAACCAGGGGAAACUUUUACGUCCCUGGUGAAGCUAAGUUGGCUUUUGUAAUCCGUAUCAAGGGUAUUAACAAAGUGGCUCCCAAGGUACGCAAGGUUCUCCAACUUUUCCGCUUGCUCCAAAUCAAUAAUGGCGUCUUUGUGCAACUCAACAAGGCUACUAUUAAUAUGUUGAGAAUUUGUGAGCCUUAUAUUACUUGGGGUUAUCCCAAUUUGAAAUCAGUCAGGGAACUGAUUUACAAGAGAGGUUUUGCCAAAGUUAAUGGCCAACGCGUUCCAAUUACCAGUAAUCAGAUAAUUGAAAACAGAUUGGGUAAAUCUGAAAUCAUCUGUAUGGAAGAUUUGAUCCAUGAAAUUUUUACCGUUGGACCUAAGUUUAAAUACGCCUCUAACUUCUUGUGGCCCUUCAAGCUAAAUACACCAACUGGUGGAUGGCGCAAGAAGACAAACCAUUAUGUUGAGGGAGGUGAUUUUGGGAACAGGGAAGACAAAAUCAAUGAACUCAUCAGAAGGAUGGUUUAAAAUGUUAAGACGAGUUUAUAUAAUAAAUUAUAUAAAAGUAUACAA